AUGGUUGUAGCCACGGAAGAAGAGCCCCGGGAGACUGUUCACGAUUCCGGCGCGACCUCUCGACGUAUCACGCUUCAGGAGUUUACCUCUCCUGCACUCGAAUCUCCGCUUUCGAUCGGGAAGGAACCGGCGAUGGAACGUAGCAACGGGUGGUCGAACAACAGCGUCGACGGCAGUUCAGUGCGGAGACGCUCGUUGAAUCGCGUCAAGUACUAUGUGGACUCGAUGGAGUCGAGCCCGGCCGAUAUGUGCGGUGCGUUGGGAAAGACGCUGGUGUCACUGAGCUGGGCCAUAGUGCCAAUAAGCUCGUCGAGGACGCAACGACCUGUUUAG